GUGUUCUCUGGCGAGAGCUGCGGUGAUGUGCGCAAACACGGCCUCAGUGCCUCCCAGCUCUUCACGUGGAACAAGGCCGUAAAGGAUGACUACAGCGGCAUGUGGGUUAAUGUUUGGAUCUGCGUCGGCGCCGGGGCGGCACGACCGCCACCAUCACCACAACCAAGGGCAACGGCGCGUCGGCGCCGAAGCCGAUACAGACCGGCAUGGUCAAGGACUGCAAGGCCUUCCACCUGGUCACAAAGGGCCAGAACUGCAACUCCAUCGCAAAACAGUUCCGCAUCACCGUCGCCAACUUCAUCAAGUGGAGCCCGGCCGCCAAGUCGGACUGCUCAGGGCUUUGUGUGAACACGUGGGCAUGUGUGGGUUUCUUG